AUGGCACCACCGCAGGACAGUGCUCGAAGGCGGCAGCACCGGCCUCAGCCCCAAGCCCCAUGGGUCACGUCGGACGCUUCGGCGUCCUCGGCCCCAACAGCCUACGAGUGGACGCAGGAAGACCUCGACAACUACAGAUACGCCCACAACCGCGUCAAGACAUGGCGACAAGAGGCGUUCACCGGCCGAUCACCCCAGUACCGUCACCCACUCUCCUCGCACCUAUCGAGCCCGCCACGGGUUGGUGCUGAGCUCGAUGCCGUCUUGGCGACACAGAGGCGCGCAAGAGACGCGUCCGCCAAGAUCCAGCGCGGCCUGUCCAAGCGUACGCCGUUGGAUGCAGGUCCUUCGCCGCACCGCUCGUCCGCGCCGAGCCCAGCACAGCUGUCGCGUUCGCAGAGUAGCCGCCGCCCAGCGCCCGUCGCCGUGCUCGCCCAGGCGCCAUCAAGCCCCUUGCCGCAGAAUGUCCCCCUGCCACGCAGCGACCACCUGCCGUUGUCCUCCGCACCGACAGCCCAGUGGUCACAGCGCGAGGCGUACCUCAACGACGCGCUGUCCCCGCCGCUCGAGUUCCUGUCCGACACGCUACCUGAAGAUCCGAUGCAUGCGACGACGGAUCGCCCUUCCGGCCUAGCCCGUGUGGGCAGCUUUCUCUCUCGCACACGGAGCACCAUUUCCCGCCGCAGCUCGCAAGAGUCGCUGGCCAAGGCGCCACCUCCUUCGGCAUUCCCCAAGGCCCCGGCCGUGUCACAGCCUCCCGACGUGCUGGUGAUGACGCGCUCCAACAGCGUGAACCCGGCGCGCGGAUCAUCGCGGUCGGCCAAGCUCGUCAGGAGCCAAUCCUCGUCGGCUGCAACCAAGAACAACAACAGCCGGGAGUACGCACAGCACCCGCGCCCGACCACCGCCGACCGCGGUGGCGGCAGUAAAAGCGCCGCAUCAAAGGUGUCUGCCACCGCAGCCCCUGUCCUUCCCGAGCUGUCGUUUGACCCGAUCCUGCCCACAACGACUCAGAGUGCCAGCUUGCGCAGCCGUCUGCGACGGUUUCGCAAGUGA